GUGACGUCAUCAGCGGUGCGCUGCAGCUCGCUUGUCGGUUGAGGAACGAUUGAGGUGUUUGUGUGAGGUAGAUGCUGAAGAAACAAUCUUAAAUGAGACAAUCUUCAAUGAAGUCACUAUCACAUCAGUUCAUCUAUAAAUACUGUGAAGAAGUCAAACAAGCAGCUGCUGUCACAACACAUUCAACUACUCUACUAUUCUGAUCCACUGUUGUAAUGAUGGAGUGUGUUAAAGAGGAGACUGAUCCUGAAUCAUUCACAAUAACACCUCAACAUACUCAACAACAAAGAGGUCUAAUGGGAAUGAAAGAAGAAGAUCAACAACAAAAUGAAAUGGAGGAUGAAGAUCAGCACCACAAUUUUAUAAGUGAAGAAAACUCUUUCGGUUGUUCACAGACUGAUGAGGAUUCACUUGAAGAAAGACCAGAAGACAAAAUCUAUUUUGCAUGCCAUCCUUAUGGUAAGACUUUACAACGAAAAGGACAUUCAAAUGUUGACAUAAAGACUCACACAGGAGAAACAACUCAGUGUGAAAAGCACCUUGUGGGACAUUUAGUAAGUGACACUGUCGAGAGGCCUUUCACCUGCCCUCAGUGUGAUAAGUGUUUUGAACGGAAAAAAAAUCUUAAUAUCCAUAUAAAGACUCACUCUACUGAAAGGCCAUACGCUUGUCCUCAUUGUGAAAAGAUGUACAGACGUAAAUGGCAUCUCAAUGAACAUUUAUUUAGUCACACUGGUGAGAGGCGCUUCACUUGCCUUCAGUGUGAUAGGUCUUUUUCACGAAAACGAACUCUUGAUUAUCACAUAAAGACUCACACUGGAGAAAGGCCGUUUAGCUGCCCUCAGUGUGAAAAGACUUACAUAUGUGAAAGGGAUCUUGGGAGACAUUUAUUAAGUCACGGAGAUGAGAGGCGCUUCACCUGCCCUCAGUGUGAUAAGGGUUUUUUACAGAAAAAAAAUCUUGACGCUCACAUAAGGACUCACACUGGAGAAAGGCCAUACGCCUGUCCUCAUUGUGAAAAGACUUUCACAUGUAAACAAUACCUUCAGGGACAUAUAGUAACUCAUACAAAUGAGAGACUUUUUGCAUGUCCGCAGUGUGGUAAGUGUUUUUCACUAAAAAGAAAUUUUAAUGGAGAAAAGACAUGCACCUGCCCUGUGUGUGGAAAUGUUUACAAAUGUAAGUCUCUGAAAACACAAAUAAUAAGUCACACUGACCACAAAACUUUCUCUUGCCCUCAAUGUGGAAAGAGUUUUAAACAAAAGGGAACCUUUAAUAUUCACAUGAGGAUUCACAGUGGUGAUAGGCUUUACACCUGUCCUCAUUGUGUGAAGAGUUUCACAACAAAUGCAAAUCUAGAGAAUCACAUACGUGUUCACACUGGAGAGAAACCUUUCACAUGCCCUCAGUGUGAUAAGAGUUUUAAACAACGUGUACAUCUUCAGUAUCACAUACGAAUUCAUACAGGUGAGAAGCCUUUCUCGUGCCAUCUGUGUGAUAAGAGUUACGCACAGUCACGAAGUCUCAAAGUUCAUCUGAUGUUUCACUCAAACAAAAAGGCAAUUAGCUGUGAGACACCUGGAGUGGGAGACCUGGAGCGGGACUAAUUGAUCUAGGGGUGUCCCCGACUAAGAAUUUACAUUUAAAUCAGAAUUGUCAAAUCUUUCUAUAGUCAAAUCAUCUAUGUGUGUGUCCAUGGGUUGGGAGGGGGAUCAGACCAAGUAGUCAACAAAUGGGUUACUUUUUUAUUUUCUUUCACAUGCAGCACACAGAAACAACUUUUAUGAUAAAGUGAGCAAAACUGACGAUGCAUUUUUAUCUUUUUUUUUGUGUUAAAAUGAAAGGAUGUCUAUAAACAUUCGUUAACAUAAAAUUACCAUAAUAUUAAAUCACAAGAGAGACAAUCAUGUCAGGCAUAAGUAUAGGGCUCUUAAUGAACAUUUUUUGUGUGAUCAUCGAAAUUUUGUGUGAAACAUCGCCAUCCUGUUUUAUAGUUCAACGUUUCACAACAUAACCACCCCAUUUUAAAUAUGUUAUACCUGUGGAAAAAAUAUAUACUUAGUUUGAUGAACUCCUAAGUAUGAUCUUAAAUAUGACACGCAGAGUACCUAGCGCAUUCGGUUAAAUUGCAUGUGCCGACAGCGCAAAAUCGAUACCAUGAAAAGCAAUCCAAAAUGUACAGACUUAAAUUAGAGCAGAAUUGACCUUUAUAAUAAAUAAAUAAAAUAAUGUCAGAAUCAAGUAAUAAGGUGUAGAUCGAAUUUGUCUAACAAAAUGCUUGAAGGUCAGGGGAACAAAACACAAACCACAAAUAGUUAAAUCAGAUAACCCUGAAUGAUCUAUAUUAAAAUAAUGAAAGCAAUGGUUUAUUAACCUGGAAACUUCUUAUCAUGUAUGUGUAGCCCUGUCACAGGGUUGUUGGAUUUAUGGACGCAAGUUAAAAAUAAUUAUUGAAAGUUGCUUUUUACAUAUUUUUUCAUAGCAUUAUCAUAAUAGGCGGUAUAAUAUAUAUUGAAAGAAAGCUGUUAUAUGUGAAAACAGAUAAUGUCCACCCUUAUACAGACUAAAUUAAAUGAUCAGAUUUCAUAACACAUCUGCCAUGAUUUGACUGUGAGAUUUGAAUCUUCGACUAUUCUGGGACACCCCUUAAUUGAUCCAUACUGGAGAAAACCUCAUAUUGUUUCAGACAAUUAAUUUACAGGAUCACAGAGAAAAGCGCUGUCUGCAAAGAGUGAAUGCAUUGAGAUCAAUUUUAGGCACAUGAUGUGAAAUCCACAUUAACCAUAAGAUGUACUCGCUCCCAAAAGAUUCAUUUCAGUGCAUUAGUGGUGAAGUUUGUAAUUCGGAAAUGCUGUUUUUAUUGUGGGAGAAUUCAUUUUAGGGUAAUCAGCUGAGAUCAAUAUCUAUCUUUUACUUGCAGAAAGUAUUUUAAUUUGACCAAAAAAAGUCACCUUUUGUGUGUACUUCAUUAUUUGUAGAGGAUAGUUUAUGAUGAUGUGUGAUUUUUACAAUUGAAUAUGUUGUCUUUUAGAUUAAAUAAAGAGACUUUUAUUUUGAUCUCCGUGUGGUGAUGUCAAAUAUCAAUUUUUGGGGGGUUUGUCCCUUUUUAUCCCAAUGCUGGGUUGAAAUUAACCAAGAAUUUUUUAGAGUGUAGUGAACAGCAGCUAUUAAUCUAAAACAAUUUUUUCUAUAAAAAAUGGGUAUUUUUUAGACUUUUAACAGUGUUCAUCCAAAAUUGAAAAUUCGGAAUCAUUUAUUCACCCUCAUGUUGGUAUAAACCUGUAUGAAUUUCCACAUUCUGUUAAACACAAAAGAAGAUAUGUUGAUAAAUGAUGGUUACUUUUGACAGUUGACGGUACCCAUUGACUUUCAUAGUAGGAGAAACAAAUACCAUGGAAGUCAAUGAGUACCUUCAACUAUGUGCUUACCAUCAUUUAUCCAAAUAUCUUCUUUUGUGUUCACAUGUACGUUAUGUCAUUGUUUAACAUGUAACAUAAUGUAUGUAGUGUGUUCCAGGCGAUUAAAACCUACAAAAUAUAUUUCAGACCUA